AUGGCCCACGCCGUCAAUUCGGCCCUGCACGCUCUUACCAGCCCUCCUCAUUCCUCCUCGUCCGCAACCAUUCCUGUUUCCUCGACCCCAUCCAACACCACCUUCGUCAUGUCGGCCACCUCGGCCACCUCGGCCACCUCGGCCAGCCCUGUGCUGCGCAGGCGCAGCGGGAAGAAUGAAGGCUAUCGCCCGAAGAUUGUCACCACCGUCGGCGCCAAACCUGCCUGUCUGGUGAACGCAUCUGUGACGUAUGUCGGCAACGACCAGAUUUAUGCGUUCGGCGGUUUUGAUCAAUACACCGACGAGGUCUAUAAUCAUGUCCUACGCCUCAACUUGCAGACACGCCAGUGGAACCUGGUCGAUAAUUACGGUGACAUUCCGGGCGUUCGUAUGGGCCACACUGCCAGUCUGUGGCAGGGAAACAAGCUGCUCGUUUUUGGUGGUGAGAAUGAGCACCGCACCUACCUUCACGAUGUUAUUAUCUUCGACCUGCAGACGGCUCACUGGACUCAACCUGACAUCCACGGAACUCCUCCCAAGGGCCGCGCCCGUCACUCGGCCGUCAUCCACGACGACAAGCUUUUUAUUCUCGGUGGCAUGAGCGGUUCCGACAACUACGUCCUCGACGACAUUUGUUACUUGGACCUCAAGACCUGGACCUGGUCUCGCACGUGGCGCUUUGUUCCGCGCUACGACCACACCAGCUGGGUUUGGGACGGCAAGAUUUGGGUAUUUGGUGGUCUUGGAGAGGAUAUGGAAAAGACCAGUGAAAUCUGGUGGCUGGACAUUCGAGGCAGCCCUGCGUUCGAAGCUGCUAUGGCGUAUGGCACCUCCGGCAGAGGUGCGCUGGGUAGGACUCGGGACUCGAACUCAUCGAGCUGGCGCAACACGCUGACGACUGGCAACACGGGGUAUGCCGCGAAUUCGAGCAGCGUCCAGACUAACCCGGCCCACAUGUCUGGCAACAGGCCCUUGUUCGCUCCAGGAGCCAUCUCCUCGCUCAAGUUCGUCGCAAGUCAGAAUCUCCCAACACAGGCACUUGGCACGCAUUUCCAUGUCUUUACAUCUGGCCAGCUCGUCGAUUUCGUCACCCCGGCUUCGGUCAUGUCUUCGUGCGACAUCAGCCUUUCGACGUUGGAUCUCGACACCCUGCGUUGGCACAAGCUGGCGGAUGGCAAAGACAUGUUUCCUCCCAACUAUCGCUGGCAUUAUUGCACCCUUAACGAAGAUGGAACCCACGCGUGGUUGCUCGGUUGUCCCACCGAUCCUGGCAACACCGGCGACGCCACUGGCGAGUAUCUCAGCGACGUCUUGCCCAUCGACCUCACCAAGUUUGGCUUGCUCGGCAACUCGCUUACACACGAAACGCGCGCCGAGGUCCAUAAGCUCCCAUCAUCCGAUGCGAAUGAGAACUCGCCCCUCUCAGGUAUCGGAGCGGACUUGAUCAAGGUCUUCGAUCAGCCUCCGGAGACGGGUAGCGGGGCGGACUUCCAGAUCACGGCCGAGCGCGACUUCGAGGAUGAGUACGAUGAUGACGCCUCGGUCGUGGCCGAAUCGUCGUCCGCGCAGGAGUCGGCACCGAUUCACGUCCACAAGAUGAUUUUGCAAGCACGCUGGCCCCACUUUGCUCGGAUGUACGCAUCGCAAAUGCUCGAAUUCCACACCAAGAAGAUGCAUAUCCCGGAGCCGUACAGCACCGUUCGGGCUUUCCUGCACUAUCUUUAUACCGACAGCAUCGCUCCUCGCAGCAGCAACGGACCCUCGCUUCGCGAUGUCGCCGGCAUGUUAGUCAUGUCGAACAUCUAUGUCAUGCCGCGCUUGCGCAUCCUUUGCGUCAACAGGUUGCACAAGGAACUCGAUGUCGAGCACGCAGCUAUCAUCUGGGAACGUGCCAACACCGCUGGUGAAAACUGGCUGAAAGAGCGGGCAGCAGACUUCUGCAUGACGUACUGGGGCAAGAUUGUGCGUACCAGAGGAUUUCGCUCUUUGCCAAAGCGCAGUCUGCUUGAGCUCUGCGACGAAGUGGACGACCAUGGCCGUGUCCUCAGCGGCGAAGAGUUGGAGGCACUUGGCGCCCUGGCUGGCAUCAAGUACCCCGGACGUGAAGGCCGAAAGCGCGGCGCCGGAGUGCUGGCGAGCGACGACAUUGAGGAAGGUGAGAACGACGAUGAUGAAGGAAUGGAAAUUUCGUAA